AGACACAACAUGUACAUCAUCAGCAUGCUCUUCCUCCCGGUGCAGCUGCUCCUGCUCUCCGGUGUUCUCUGCGGAGCCACGGCGGAGGAUCCCGUCAACACCUUCCUGUUCACAAACCCGCGCACCGGUGAGAAGCUCACCUGCGACAAGUGUCCACCGGGGACGUACAUGAGAGCGCCCUGCACCUCCAGCGCGAAGACCCAGUGUAAUCCGUGCACGAGUCAACACUUCACCGAGCUGUGGAACUACCUGCCCAGGUGUCUGUACUGCAACAACUUCUGCACGGACAACCAGGAGGUGGAAACGGAAUGUUCAGCGGUCCACAACCGAGUCUGCCGCUGCAAAGAAGGCUUUUACUGGGCGGAAGAUUUCUGCGUCAGACACUCAAAGUGUGAGCCAGGAUACGGUGUCACAGCGAAAGGUACACCGCAGUCAGACACUGUGUGUGAAAUGUGUUCUGAAGGCUACUUCUCCAGCUCUUCACCGUCACUGAAAACAUGCGUAAAACACCAGGAAUGCACGGAUGGAAAGAUUGCGCUCUUACACGGCUCACUUCAACGUGACACAGUGUGUGGCACCUGCGAGGAGCUUGCAAGCGGAGGUGAGACUCUCAGGACCUUCCUCUCAGGUCUCCUCACCACGCACAGGAUGCGUAUGGCAAAAAUGAAGACAUUUGUCACCAAGUACAUUAAUAAGUCAGUGCCCAGACAGAGAGGCCCUCUUCAGCAGGAGAUCAGAGCGUGGCUGGCCCGGGCUCCAGAGGACCAGCUGAGGAAACUGCCGCAGAUGUUGAAGGCGUCACAGCUCAGCUGCAUGGCGGACAAUCUAGAGACGAGACUGAUGGAGAUUAAGCAGCAAAGCCCAGGCUGUAGCCUAAGUCUCUGAGGUCUGAGAGACGGACAGUCCAAGGAGUAUUCAACUUACUGUGGGUCCACACAGGCCUUAGGACUAAUUAAACACCAAAUACCUCUCUGGAUUCACCGUGUGAUAUGGCAGCUUUUUUUUUUUUACAUUUGAAAACAAGUAUUCACAACAUAGCUGUUUAUUUUGCAGUGAGAGUGUAUGAAUGAAUUGUCUCAGAUGUUGAUGUAGUGAUGUUCAUCCAUAUGUAAAAAAAAAAAGAAAAAGUGUCUGAAGUAUUUAUGUCUUGGUCAAAUCUCACUCAGAUUUAUACUGGAAGAAAAAUUAAAUUUCAAUGUUAAAUACAUAAUCAGAAGUGCAUAGAAAUUAUAUUUUAACAAAAAGCUGUACGACUACAGAGUUAUUAUUUUGAAGUUGUGUGAAAUCAAACUGAAAAAUCAUUUUCUUUAUGAUGCAUGAAUGAGCCGACACUGUCAGCCUACAGAUUAAUCAUCUAUGACUGUAAUUGAGUCAUAUCACCACAAGGUGUCACCCUCCUCUGCCUUUAACUGUGGUCAUUGGGGGACAAAUAUUAUUUCAACACAGACAAUGACAAAAUACCUGCACCCAACAAGUGACUACAAUCUUACUGACUAUGUGAUGACAUAACCAUUAGGGCCAGAUUGUGGUA